AUGUCAGAUAUUUCCUCAGAUGAUGGGGCUGUCUACAACAGCGUUCCUCCGGAUAUUGUGCAAGCUGCUUUACCGUUUCUGUCACCUCAGGACAUCAGGAGUCUUUCCCACACCAAUAGGUACUUCUACAAGUUGCUGAAUUACAAAUCAUCAGAAACUUUAUGGCACGAUCUUUUCUGUAAGGUUUACGAGACUUCUUAUAGUGAUGAUGAGCCUUUUGGAGACAAGAUUAUGUUGCAGAACUUCAGCUCACUGAGCUGGCAAGAGCGCUUCAAACUGCGUUCGGAGGAGGCCAAACUUCAUACCUGGGGUUGUCUUAAGCAUGCAAGAUUGGGGUUUACGGCUACUUCCAACCCUCAUAUACCUGAAGCGGAUGUCAACGGCAUUGGAAGAAGGCUUAGAUAUGGUGUGAACACUCCGGAGCUUGUCCCUUGGUUCUCGUCGGAUGAGAGUAAGUUGAACGGGGAUAGUUCUAUAGUUCAGCUAUCGGGUGGUGGGUUUUCUUUCCAAAUUUUGACCCGAUCUGGGAAGCUUUAUACCACAGGCUCAACUUUCUCAGGUGGCCAUGUUGGCCCGGGACCGGCUGAGGGACAACAUGACUUUAACCCCUUUCGUGAAGCGGUUCACAAUCUCGAAGCUUCUUUUCCUCACACCAGAGACAUCGUGCUGGCUCCCGUUGGUCUCCCAGGAAGUUUCCCAGGAAGAUCUACCCAACAUCAUGGUCCGACUCCAACUCUUGGUCCUCACUCGAAUAUAUACGAGGAGCUAGAGCAAAUGGACAGGAACUCCGCUCAGACGGUGCCCAACAAUGAGCAUAUAAAGAGGGUAUACCCUCGCAAUGCCUUUGAAAUAUUCACUUCAGAUUCCAACUCUUUCAAGGUGGACAAGGAGCAACUGGACUCUAUCAAGUUUGUGGCGGUCUCAUCUGGUAGAAGUCAUUUCAUUGCUAUGGAUACCAAACAUGAUUUAUACUCGUGGGACUCGCCUGACUCUGACUAUGGUGUCAAACUAGCUUUCGAAGGGCUGCCACCUAGAGAAACUAAUCCAAUAUGGAAGAUUGCCUCAGGCUGGGACUUGAAUUGCAUAUACGUACAUCAGGUUGGAUUGGUCGUCUGGAAUAAACGUGAAGCACUCAAGAAGGGUGAGCUGUGCUCAAAAGCUGACUAUUCAAUUAUUCCUCAGACAGGUGAGAUUACAGGUCCUCGUAAAGUAAUCGACUUUGCAUGCUUCCAAGGGGACUGCGUGUUUUACAUUACAAACGACGGGGAAAACCUCUGGAAAUACUCCCAUGGUCUUGUUCAGCAAAUCAAGCUCCCGAUUGCAGGGAAAUUUGUGAGAAUAUCUGUUUGUUAUAGCCUUCUGGUCCUUUUUACCGAUAACGAAUGCUACACGGUUAAAAUCGAGAACGGUAACGUCGACAACGAAACGCUCAUUGAGCUGAAACUGGAAGAUCCUGACGAUCGAGUGAUUUCUUUAGCCACCGGAGACUAUCAUAAUAUUGCACUAACUCUAAAAGGUCAGAUCUACGCUUGGGGAUUAGAGAGCCAGCUUUGUGGUUGCCUGGGCCUGGGAUCCCCGGAACACGUAGUAGAGCAUGAGAAUAUAGGAAGAUGGGAUAGUAUAAGGAAUAUGAGGGUUGCGAAACCAACGAAGAUUUGUCUUGAUCGAGAGUACGUAUGUGUGGCUGUUAGCGCUGGCGGUUGGCAGUCUGGUGCUCUGAUAAUCAAGAGGUAA